AUGUCGCGCCAGGAAGGUGUUAGACUCGAUCCUCGCCAAGUACGAGUCGCGCUUUCAAAGGCAAUCAAACCUGAAGAGACCGCAGAUCUGAAAACUCUUCUCGAAGAUCCUCAUGUUGUUCAGAGUACCGAUGUAAAUGACCUGCGUGAGCUUCUCGGAAGGGCAAUCGGCCAUGGAAAUGACGUGGCCGUCAAGCUUCUCCUUGAGGCAGGCGCAAAGACCGAUGUUACUGCUGGCAAUGGGCCCAUUCAUCGCUCGAUUAGAAGUCAGAAGAACAAGACGCGAAACACCAUCAUCAAUCUCCUCCUUGAUUAUAACAGCGAUAUCGACUUCAGGGACGCUGAUGGGAGGACUCCCUUCAUGGCGGCGGCCCUUCGGGGUCAGGCUGACAUCGUUACUACGCUGUUGGAGCGAGGCGCAGAUCCAGACGCGAUAGACAACAAUGGUAAGAACAUUCUUCAUCGAAUGGCGUCCGAAGUUCCUCCGACCGUGAAAUGGAAUUCAGAUAUGUUGUCGAUAAUCUUGGCUCAAGUGAAAAAUCUUCAACAGCGCGACAACGAUAGUCGAACUCCACUUCUCUGGGCAGCAGCAAAGGGUUCAACUCAGCUGGCAGGUGUAUUACUGCCCAGCAAAGGCACGAAACUUGCAAAUAUCACCGAUACCAAUGAUCAGGGUCACACCGCACUCCAUCUCGCUGCCAAGAACGACCAACCAGCGAUGAUCAAACUUCUCCUCAAUUCUGGCGCAAACAUAGAAGCAAGAAGUGACGGCGCUUGGACACCACUGCUCAUGGCCGCGGAAGCUGGUUCUGAGGCGGCCAUUGAUGCUUUGUUGACGCACAGUCAAAGUGCCAAUGUCAAUGCUCGAACGUCCUCUGGCAUGACGGCUUUGCAUUGGGCAGCUGAGAAUGGGAAGCUGGCUGCAGUUCAGAGGAUAUUGAAAGUGCCACAUGUUUACAAGAACACAAAAGACAGCUUCGACAGUACACCUCUCAUUCGAGCGGCUCAAAAUGGGCAUUGGAAUAUUGUGGAUGAACUUCGUCCUCACGUACUGGAGGGACCAAACGAUCGCACAGCACGAAAAGCCUGUGAACGGUUUAGAGCGGCAGUGGUCAGCUUCUUUAUUGACGAGAAACAACCCACAGGGCUGAGAAGUAAAGUGGACAAGCAUACUGUUUGGCAGAUCCUAUAUGCCAAGGUGAAGGAUUCAGAAAAGUUUGCGAUUCCGACUGUCUUCGAGAAUAUCGAAACCAAAAAGCCCGAUUUCCGCUGGAUCCAUCUACCAGCGAACAACAUUUCCUGGCUCGAGGCUCUCUUGACCAAACAUUUCUUAGAAGGAAAAUCAAAAGACCUCUCAGCUUUAAGAUCGAUCUUAAGGCUCCUCGGACGCCAGCAGCAUCGAGGUGCUAAAGUCCAUUCACGAUUCAUGCGGCCAUCAUGCAAACGAGUUGGUUUAGGUUCAAGAAGGCCUAUGGAUGUUGCCUCCGCUGCAUCUCGAAGAUCGUCUCAUUCGAAUCGUGGAGAACUCAAUGCAGCGCUCCAGAGUUCGUAUCGACCGCCGACACGGGAGCCUCCUACUCAACAGCCUCCUUCCAACUCCCAGUCCCAUUUGCAGCCCCAGGCUCAGGCCCAAGCGACACAAGAAGAGGAUAUGGUGGUUUUGUUCUUGCCAUACUUGCACUGGGAGACGGAUGAAAACAGGAGAUCACUAACGGAAUCCAUUAAAGCACCACCUGGAAACACCAUUUCACUCGACGACAAUGAAAUAUGGCAUAUUCCUAAGGAUGUUCUCCUCAUUCAUGGUUACCCAGUGUCACGUUCUACUGAUCUCCAUCCGCGACGUACUUUGGAUCAGUUCAAGCAUCACAGCACCGACACCGAACCUCAGGAUGUAGAUCAAGUUGUGUAUCGAUACUGUGACAAUAACCAUCAAGAACUGAAGGUCUACAUGGUCGACCAGCUUUGGCUUUUCACCAUUGGUGAUCUCCUGAUAACUUGCUUCCCAGAAAGAUGGGGCCAACCGCGGCGUGACCCGCUCAAUCUAUUUGACGGAGUUGUCGAAGACAUCAACUCGACCACACGGCCCCCUGUUCGGAAUGUUUAUGAGCUUGCAACACUCAUCACAGAAAGAUGCUGUGGCAUCUUUGAUCGCCAUCAAUGGGGAAAUGAUGAAUUAUUAUUUGCCGAGAUGUUCGAAUUGAGUAUUGGGCUCUUGACGCGCAAGGAAACAGCGUUGUUUCGGCGAUUCAAGAGCGACUCAGUAGUGGCAGCACACUGGUUGAGAGCACACGGGAAAAACAGCGCGAUCUAUGAACAGCAACUCAUCGAUGCCCAGGAGGCAUACGCCUCAGAGCAAGAGCUAUACAUCGCCGAAGAUGAUGUUGGGGCAACUCCAGGUCAAAAUCGCAGGGGCGAAUCCGAUCUCGAUGCAGAAGAAUUUGUCAACAAACUGCUUAACAUAGAUGAAGAAGCCGCUUUGCUAGUUGAGUGCAAGGACAUCCAAGACGAGCUUGAAAUUAUUGCAAAUGUUCUUCGUCAGCAAAAACAGGUCUUGAAGAGUAUGGAAGAUGAGUUUCGGACUUCAAAGAUGAUCCCCUACAAUCAGCGUCUCGAUCUGUAUGGUAAGCUAGGUGAGCAGCAAAGAAAUGUGGAAGCUGAUAUCCUUGACGUUACCCGCAUGAAUCGACAAGCCAAAAGUGUGAAUGACGAUUUAACUCAGGUACUCGAUCUGAAACAGAAACAUGCCAACGCCGUCGAAGCACGAUUUCAGCGAUAUCAAGCUCAAGAAGCAACUAGACAGGGGCAAACCAUCAUGGUCUUCACUGUCGUAACCAUUGUCUUCCUGCCUCUAAGUUUCUUGGCGAGUUUAUUCACGAUCAAUAUCAUCGAAUUUCCACGGCCCCAGAACGCUGAUGGGGGAGAACUUCAUCUCAGAUGGGUUUUGAAGUAUAUUCUAGGAAUAGGCUUAGGCGUUAGCGUCCCACUGAUCCUAUUCGCCUUCGUUGUCGGCGAUUUGAAGGCAUGGUGGGUUGAGCGAAGGCUGAACAAAUAUCACAUCAAGAGGCGUCAAAAUGGGCAGGGCCAGCAGUUGACGGAUGUAGGCAGUGAGAGGAACCAAGUCGAUAUCACCCAGCGCUUUAGCUGGAAGUGGAACAUCUUGAGGAAGAGGCGGACGAAUGUCAACCAGCACGACUCAGCUCAUGACGAAACAGUGAAUCCCAGCAUACGACCAUCGGCAAGUUCUAUCCUGCACCCUCGGGCUUCAAAGCAUUCAGUCGUGAAUACACAGAACCUGGUCAAACCCAUACCAGGAAGGAAUCCAAUGUCGAGCAUGGAAUCUCAAGAUCGAGCUGCGAAUCCUUUUCGAAGACUUCGUAGAAUCGCUACCGAGAGGACGGAGAAAUCGGUUGCAACGCAGGACUUGGAAGUUGGCAGAACAUAUGGUGGAUGA